GUUUGCUGGGUGACUGACGUGCAGAGUGUGACACGCCAGUCUGUAAUGUAUUUAUUUUGGUUCACUUGUUAUUAAAUCGUUACUUGCCGAUUCCACAAUUACCACACAACUUGAGUUCUAAGAGGGGUUUCUCUACGUUGGUUUAUUUUGUUAGUUAGGACAGGUGAGCAAAGUUGUGCAAAAUGUUUGUUUGAUCGUUUGUUUGUUGAUAAUAAAGCAGCAUGCACGCAGGCAAGCAGGACAUGCAGGAGGUACCGAGGUGUUGUUAUGUGCAUAUGGAGGUAGAUGUGUGAAACUGAAAGGCUGAGUAGUGAGGUCACAACUUGAACUUUGUGCUGACAAUUCAGUCAGUCAUAUCCAUAUCUGUGCUGUGGUCACGUGAGGAGGAGGGUGGGGAUCGAGGUACAUGUAGAAUUAGACCUCCGUGGUUUACUCUACUCCUGAUGAGUCAUAUAACUUUGGUGCAGUUUUAGGCAUGUCAAAGAAUUGAUCAGAUCAUAAUGAGUAAUUCGAGGGGAAAACCUUCCCAAAAAUAUGAUGAUCACUCACCACACCCCUCUGGUCCCACACCACACCAUGCUGAUCCCCUACCACACCCUGCUAAACCCUCACCACACCCAAGUGGCCCCUCACCACACCCCUCUGGUCCCACACCACGGCGAGAAAAUCCCCCACCACACCAUGCUGAUCCCCUACCACACCCUGCUAAACCCUCACCACACCCAAGUGGACCCUCACCACACCCAACUGGUACCUCACCACGCCCCGUCAACCCCUCAGUGAAUCAGCAGCAGCAGCAAGUAAAGCCCAAGCAGAAGGUCGUUGUGAUCAAGCGCUAUUUUGUCAUUCUGGAAUCGCUGUUCUUAUUUGUUGGGAUGGUGACCUACAUGGCUGAUCUAAUCACGGAUAUAGUUGUUGGUUUUCAAUACAUCCUGCUUCACGAUUACUUCUGGAGUGGUCUGACAUUCGCCUUCGUCAUCAUUCCUUCAAUAACCAUCCAGUACUUCAGCUUUAGAUGGUUCGUCAUCGACUCUCAACACAGUCUCAAACCAAAGCAUGUCUCGUUUCUGAAACGGAUAUGGGAUUGGUUCGUGUGGUUGAUUGUGCACAUUCUGCAGCUUGGAGCGUUGAAAAGAUACUGGCGAACCAUUAAGUACUGUUGGAGGAGUCACGAGCAUCCUGAUUACUACGACCUGAGUAUAUACGAGUAUCGAGACAUCACCAUGCUCAGGCUCCUAGAAGCCUUCAUGGAGGCUGCACCACAGCUUGUUCUACAGGUGUACAUCAUGACCCAGCAAUCGGACAUCUACUGGCUGACGGUUUCCUCUGCAAUCAUCUCACUGGCUUCCCUCUCCUGGGGUCUUGAGGCUUACCACAAAGCCCUCCGAGAAUCCUGCAGCAAUAAGAAUAAUCUCGGCUACGUGGGUCUCACCUUCCGAAUCAUCUGGCGUACCUUCACCAUAACGGCACGGGUUAUCUCACUGGCCUUGUUCGCCUCGUACUAUAAGUGGUUGAUCUUCCCCUUAAUAGGCAUCCACUGGGUCGGGAUGACCCUGUGGUUGGUCUAUCAAGACACCGACUUCUGCACGACGAGACUCGAGGAGGUGCUGUUCGACGCUGUCAUCGGCAUCAUCCACAUCUUCUGUUUCUUCAACAUGAAGGAGGGACGCACUCGCUACAGAGCACUCUUCUUCUACACCAUUAUCUUCGUGGAGAACACGAUCAUGUUCGCAUUGUGGUAUCACCAUGACGGACAACAGAGGGGGUACGGUCUUCCAGCGCUCGUCUUCGUCUGGGGCGGAUUCUUCUUGGGACUCGUCGUGAUGUUGUUUUAUUACCGCUGCCUGCAUCCCAAUGGGAACAUCCGCCUAUGGGGUGGGGGACCACCCAUAAAACCAAACUGGAAACCAGUACUUCAAGUUGAUGGUUCCGCUGUUUACGAUAAUCCCGGGCGGGACGAAGUUGACGGACCGAUCCCGUGGUCGGAUAUCAUCAUCCCGGCUGCCACGAGGGGUUGUCAUGGCAAUCUGUUCACAAACAGAGGAAGACGAUACUGUUACUGGAGAACUGAAGACGGCACGUGUCCUUGCGAGGAGCCACUACCCAACGGUGAUCUCAGGACGACUACUGUGCAGCCGGGCGUGACUGUUGCGGAUCCUACGAUGAUUCGAAUCAUUGAUCAGGAGAAUGGAAGAUGUGACUGCAACGGAGAGACAGUAAACUGCUGUGAUAAGAACGGAAAACCAAGGAUAGAAACCCUUCUGUAAAUACGCAUGGUUUUAAGACAAGAUUUAGAAUCAAUUUAAAAUUGUCUGGGCUGAAAAAAGGCACCUAAAAAAACCUAUCAAAUUAAAGGUAUCUAGUUAAAGGUAUUAUAUUGGAUUGAAAAACAUAACAUUUAAUUUUAGUCCAAAAGCUUACUAACUAUAAGUUCAUACUAGAAUUUUGUUUGACAUUUAUCCCUCUGAUAUGAACUCUUUAAAAAUACUUGAGAUAACUAAAAGGAAACCUAACAACAAAACGCACGUGUUUGUCACUCUUUCUCCUGACCCACACAAAAGAUAAAGGCCACAUUUUCAAAGUUCUGUAAUGGUUGAUAACACAAAACUCUGUCUGUGACUAUUUUGUUAGCUCUACCAAUCCUGUGUAAUACAAUUUCAUCAUGUGGUGUAAUACAGUUCAAGCACAUGUACAUCUGCAAUUGUUUAUUUAGUUUGUUUUCAGAGUUGAAACAAAAAUUUGUGCAAAUGUAGAUUUUCUUAUUUUUAUCAGUAAGGCCAGUUUUCAAGAAAUGUAGAUACAUUAAUCCAUAAAUAGUAAUAAUUUAACCGGUAUAUAAUUAUGCAUGGAAUAGUGGUUUUGUGUGUAGUUUUUCGAUGCGAGGUCUACCAAAUUUUUAGUCAGUAUACUGGGAAAUUUACAAACAGAAUAACUGUUUUUUUAGAGGGGGAUGUGCUGUCACUCAUGAUCAAAGAAGGCAGUGGACACUUGGUAAUUACUCAAAAUAACUAUUAGCAUAAAGCAUUACUUGGUAAUGAGUAAUG